AUAUUCUUACCACUGAAGUUAUGUGGCAUUUUGCGCAUCAACUCACCCAUCAACUAUCAUUUUCUUUUACUGUUCAAUAGAAGCCGCUCAGCGGUCCCUGCAGUACCUGCUUUGGAGAGUAUCUGAACCAGUUGAAAAGUUGUGAGAGUCGAAAUACAGAAACUGCAGAAGGAAAGACCCGGGGAUCUAUCAUAUAUCGGGAAAGCUUGUGAGUGUGCUACAUACAACCUAGAAAUGAAUGAUUGGCCCAGCCAUCAACUACGGAGUAUUAGAGUUGGCGGCGGGAGAAAGAAGAGCCGCAUUGUCCAACGGUCUUUUCCAACUGCUCAGUGAUCCGAAAAAUCAAUUAAAAAAAAGGCUCGUUCCUACGCACCCGCGAUUGAUGAUUCUGCAGAGUGGCCGUUUUCUAUUUUCAAGACCUUGUUACAUCUUUGAAAACCCGUCAAUACACCAACGGUUGUGUGCAAUAAAAAGGCUACUCGCCGGGGCCCGCCUACGUACUCCCAAACAGCGAUCAUCACUUGUGAUCGCAUGGCUUCUUAUGUGCGGCGUUCUCUCUGCACGCGCAUUGGAGGGACGGGGAGGGGGGUACGGCCGGCUGUGUUGUGGUAGUGGCACUCAUCUGUGCUACAUUUUCUCCCAAAGACAACCACUGCACGGCCAGUUCCAAAAUCUUCAUAUAUGGCGGACCUGGCUGACACGAACCUGGUCCUGUCCCAAAUUCUUGCCAUCAUAGGCCCAUAGCGAACCCCCCGCAAUAUUCUUCCGCGGAGACUUUUUCCACCGUUCAGGUACCAUACAGAGGUAAGUCACUAUGCUCGUGUCAUGCCAA